AUGGGCACCAAGGGCAAAGUUAUUAAAUGCAAAGCAGCUAUUGCCUGGGAAGCAGGCAAGCCCCUCUGCAUAGAAGAGGUCGAGGUAUCUCCUCCCAAGGCUCAUGAAGUUCGCGUCCAGAUAAUCGCCACUGCCCUGUGCCAUACUGACGCCCAUCCGAUCAAUCCUAAAUUUAAAGAGGCCCUCUUCCCAGUGAUCCUUGGCCAUGAGGGCGCAGGAAUUGUGGAAAGUGUUGGGCCAGGAGUGACCAGUUUCAAACCAGGUGACAAAGUAAUUCCACUCUACAUGCCUCAAUGUGGAAAAUGCAAGUUCUGUCUGAGUCCACUCACAAAUUUCUGUACAAAACUCAGUCUAGUCAAAAAUCCUAUUGUUGAUCAAGAACUAAUGGAAGACAAAACCAGCAGGUUUACCUGCAAAGGAAAACCAAUUUACCAUUUCAUGGGAACCAGUACCUUCACUCAGUACACCGUCGUGUCAGAUAUUAAUCUUGCCAAAAUUGAUGAUGAUGCAAAUUUAGAGAGAGUUUGUCUGUUAGGAUGUGGGUUUUCAACUGGCUAUGGAGCUGCAAUCAACACUGCCAAGGUCACCCCUGGUUCUACUUGUGCCAUCUUUGGCCUAGGAGGUGUUGGUCUUUCUGCUAUAAUGGGUUGUAAAGUAGCAGGAGCUUCCAGAAUUAUAGCUAUUGACAUCAACAGUGAGAAGUUUACAAAGGCCAAAGCCCUCGGAGCCACUGACUGCCUCAAUCCUAGAAACCUACAUAAACCCAUCCAGGAGGUCAUCAUUGAAAUGACCAAAGGAGGGGUGGAUUUUGCCCUUGAUUGUGCAGGUGGACCUGAAGCCAUGAGAGCAGCCCUGGACUGUACAACAGCAGGUUGGGGAACAUGUACUUUCAUCGGGGUAGACUCUGAAAUUAGAGGAUUGACUAUAUCUCCAGUGGAGCUCAUAAUGGGCCGUACCAUAAAUGGAACAUGCUUUGGUGGUUGGAAAAGCAUUGAUUCUAUUCCAAAGCUGGUCACUGACUACAAGAAUAAGAUAUUUGAUCUGGAUAUAUUGGUGACCCAUACCCUGCCUUUUGACAAAAUCAAUGAGGCAUUUGACUUAAUGAACCAAGGCAAAAGCAUUCGAAUAGUCCUGACCUUUUGA